GUGCCGCCGUUGAUCCGGUGCUGCAGUGAGGAGGUGGUUCUCGCUCGUGUUGUGUGUGUGUGUGUGUGUGAGUGUGUGAGUGAGAGCGCGAGUGAGUGUGAGUGUGUGGUGUGUGUGUGUGUGUGUGUGUGUGUGUGUGUGUGUGUGGACUCGGCUUGUUGUUGUCGGUGACUUCCCCCUCCCCUCUACCCUUCCCCCUUCCCCGCCGCCGCUGCAGUGGCCGCUCCUUGGGCCGUAGGAAAUGAGCGAUAACGAUGACAUCGAGGUGGAGAGCGACGAAGAGCAACCGAGGUUUCAAUCUGCGGCUGACAAACGGGCUCAUCAUAAUGCACUGGAGCGAAAACGUAGGGACCACAUCAAAGACAGCUUUCACAGUUUGCGGGACUCGGUCCCAUCACUCCAAGGAGAGAAGCAACAGGCAUCCCGGGCCCAAAUCCUAGACAAAGCCACAGAGUAUAUCCAGUAUAUGCGAAGGAAAAACCACACACACCAGCAAGACAUUGAUGACCUCAAGCGGCAGAAUGCUCUUCUGGAGCAGCAAGUCCGUGCACUGGAGAAGGCGAGGUCAAGUGCCCAGCUGCAGACCAACUACCCCUCCUCAGACAACAGCCUCUACACCAACGCCAAGGGCAGCACCAUCUCUGCCUUCGAUGGGGGCUCGGACUCCAGUUCCGAGUCAGAGCCUGAAGAGCCCCAAAACAGGAAGAAACUCCGGAUGGAGGCCAGCUAAGCUGCGUGGGGCAGGCCAGCAAUAAAAACUGUCCGUCUCCUCCGUCGUCUCAUCCUCCUUUCAGUUCAUCGUUAGAACCCUCAGAACCAUAUAAGAGACUCUAUUUUUCUCUUUUUUUUUUUUAAUUUUUAUUUUUAUGUAGAAGCUCUUGGACAACAGCUCUCGUUCUCCCCUAUUUCCAUUUUUUUUUUUUUUUUUUUUUUUUUAAACAUUUUCCCUUCAGGGAUACCCUGUCCCCACCAGGAAUUUUUAAACCAAAACACCCCAACUUGGCAGCUUUUUCUGUGGAGGACAGACGGCCAGCCGGACCUCUGAGCACACGGCGUCCUGACCACCCCACCAGCUCCUCCAGCCCACCAGGCACCACUGCUUGGAGGACUCCUUCCCUCACAGGCCUCCCUCCCGGCCCACCCUUGCCUCUACUCGAUAGACUUUGCAGAUCUGUGUACUGCUCUACUUAAAGAAGAUGACCGGUUUGGAGUAAUCAGAAUCAUUCCCCCACCCCUCUUUAAGGAUUAUUUUUCUUAAAAACCAUUUACUGCUCCCAUUGAAAAACCAGAUCCUUGAAGUUUGUGGUAAUAAAGGAAAGCGGGGACAGAUUUGUGCACAGAGUCUUUGGCAUGUUUCACUCCUGCUUCUCUCAGCCUGCUGUUUUAAGUCUGCGUUGUCGGCCUCCUGGAGGGCCGCAUGACACCCUUGUGGUGGGUGUGGGAGACAGCAGGAGGGAAGCAUCAGCCACCAGGGAGUUGGUAGGGUGGUUUUUUGGGGGUGGGACAGGGAGGGAGGAGCGGGUGGGGGUAGAGGUUUUGUAUUGAGGGCCAGUGAUGAUGUUUUGAUAUUUAUUUCCUGCUACUGAAAUUUGAAUCUGAGUGAAUUGUCCCUGCUUCUGAUGAUGUCGGUAUUGCAAAGCGACAGAUUCAUAAAGUAAUGAUCAAAUCUUCCUUUCUUUCCGUCUGUAUUUCUAAGAAAUAGAGCCAACUGAUUUUGUAUGUAAAUACCGAGAGCGAUUUACCUGGUACUAAACCCACACACCAGUGUGGACCCUUCCCUGCCCUCACCCAUUUCCUUUCCUCUGUCCUGGAACCUGUCUCCAUUAUGUGAUCCAGCCCUGGUUCUGGCUGUGGUCAGCAGAUCCCAGUGAAGGGUUUGUGUGUUUAGGCCUCAUUUCUUUGUCUUUUUCCUACUCUGUUCCUGGCAUUUGCUGGUUCUAGUGUAUACUCUGUAGUCUCAGUCUGUGUUUGAUUCCAUUCCAUGGAAAUAAAAAGUAUGUUGUACAUACUGCUGAAGAAUUGUCUUGCAAGUUAAGGCUUCCCCCUUUACUAUAAGACUAUAAAUAAAAACUUAUUUUAUCCUUCUUA